UCUAUAUAUUGGAGAGGGUUUUGUUGGGUCGUAACGAGAAAUGUGUUGUUAAAGGUCAUCUAAUGAAGAUAAUUGACGAUGACAGUCUUCGGGUGUCUUAUCCUUGGGGUUCUCUUAGUUUUAAUUGGUUGGUACGGUCGAUUCGUGAUUGUGUGAAGACUUUCAAGAGCACGCCAUCUACACGUUAUAUGAUUAGUGGUUUCCCUUACGCUUUAAAUGUGUGGCUGUUGGAGGUUUUCCCUAUCUUUCGAGGGUUUUCAAGUUUUCAUGGUCUGAAGUCUCCUCGUAUGUUGUCUUGGGGUCCUUCAAAGCAAGUUGAUUAUAAAGUUAUUACUGAUAAUUUCUUCCAUGCUGAAAAAAGAUUCAAGAAAUUUAUUGUCCAUGCUGUUGUUGUUGGUACGGAACAAGAGAUGUUGGAUUAUCCAGUUGCACUUAAAUUUCCUGAUGAUUCAGGCCCUUGUUCUUCCCGUGCGGUUUUGCCAUCUGAAGUUACUUCUCAGAUAGUUGAUGUAAGUUGUACUUUGCUUUUUGUGUUUUUGGUUGUUUAACUGAAUUC